AUGCCCGAAGAUCUGGACAACCACGCAGAGAAGUUGUUGUCGACGUUCGCGGAAAACCGGGACAAGAUGGCUAUCGCUCCGGCUGGAGAUAUCACAAAUGCCAGGCCCCGGGAGCGACUGUGGGAGGCGCUCUUUGCAGCACAGAAGUCUCGGCUGAAAGAUCUCCGGAAGCGCAUCGAACCAUACCGCGAUUGGAACGGACAAGAAGUGCGUGCCCGUGACAAUAUUUCGGCGGACAAACGUGUUGCUCGGUUCAACGAGAUCCUGGAGCGCCUCAAAGAGACGGGGCGUGCGCCGGAGCUCGAGAAGAUGAGCAAACGUGAAGUUGACGGGCUCAUCAAUCUCCCUACUAUGGCCACACUACUCAUCACGGAAGGUAAGGCUUCCUACGAUCUUUUCUUUUCUUUCCAGGUCGCUCAUGAAUUGCAGGAAGCAUUGAAGGUCCUCAAACCCGUGUUCACCGAUCACCUCAACAGGAGACUGUGCGCCGAGCGUUUACCCAUCCUCGAGAGCGCCAUCGACCGGUACUACCUCCCCAAGUACCCACGCACCCCAGAGCAGGACUACCGCCUCCGCUUCAUCCACUUCGCCCUGGCGGAGCCCAUCAGGGCGCUCGUGCUACGCCCUGAGGACAAACCCGUCACCAUCGCCCACUUCGUCGCCGAGAUGGGCAACGUCGAGAGCGCGUGGUGGGCCGAGCGCAAGGCCGCUCUCCGCGACAGCGUCAUCGAGAUCUUCAAGCUCGCGGGCGUCGGCCUCCCCACCAAGUCGUCGCGCACCGACGUGCUCGACCUCGCCGUCGCGGGCGUCUUCCGGUGCAGGAACUGCAGGUGCUUGGUCUUUGGCGCGCGCGCGGCGAUCCUGCACCCGUGCCGGGAGAAGAGGACCAUCAGCAAGCAGCACGACGUGUACGUCGCGCUCGCGCUCGCGCGGGACCGCGGCCAGCCCGAGGAGGUGCGCUCGCGGCGGGAGCCGACGUCCAAGCCGUCGCGGGAGGUAGCAAGUUUCGAGCCAUCGCGCGUGCCGCUCUUCGAUCUCAAGCGCGUCUCCGCGCUCGUGAGCGCGAUGGGGCUGAAUCCGGCGGAGGCGACGUUCGAGCAGCUGCGCGAGUCCGCAGCGAGGCUAGUGUGUAGGACGUGCACGCCAGCGCGGUGCAGGACGGGGCACGCGGCCGCGGAGCCACGCGAUAUUAGGAUCUUUGGCUGGGAGGCGGCGGUGUGGCACAUCAGGGACUUCCACGAAUCGAGCGGCCGCAUGCCCCUAUGGGAGCUCGUUCCCGAGAGGCACAUGGACGCUGUCCGCGACGCCGAGGCAGCCCGGAUCUCUGAGGAGAUUUUGUUGUCGGGAAGUAUCGUUUGGGCGUGCUUCAUGUGUGAUUGGACAGGAUGUAAUGGUGCACUCCGGCACUGGAGGACCAGACAUGAUGCGACUAGCCCGGACACAGCAAUGAUGACGGUGGAAAAGAAGAUGUAUCCUCAUCCCUUGGAGAAUACCGUCAACGUAGGUCCCUUGACCCUGAACCUCCCGAUGUAG